UCCUCCACUGGGAGAAAAUGUCUAUACAAGUUGAGCACCCUGCUGGUGGUUACAAGAAGCUGUUUGAAACUGUGGAGGAACUGUCUUCGCCACUAACAGCUCAUGUCACAGGCAGGAUCCCCCUCUGGCUUACUGGCAGUCUCCUUCGAUGUGGGCCAGGACUCUUUGAAGUCGGAGCUGAGCCAUUUUACCACCUGUUUGAUGGGCAAGCCCUCCUGCACAAGUUUGACUUUAAAGAAGGACAUGUCACAUACCAUAGAAGGUUCAUCCGCACUGAUGCUUAUGUCCGGGCAAUGACUGAGAAAAGGAUUGUCAUAACAGAAUUUGGCACCUGUGCUUUCCCAGAUCCCUGCAAGAAUAUAUUUUCCAGGUUCUUUUCUUAUUUCCGAGGAGUGGAGGUUACCGACAAUGCCCUUGUAAAUAUCUACCCGGUGGGGGAAGAUUAUUAUGCCUGCACAGAGACUAACUUCAUUACAAAAAUUAAUCCAGAGACUUUGGAGACAAUUAAGCAGGUUGAUCUUUGCAAGUAUGUCUCAGUCAAUGGAGCCACUGCUCACCCCCACAUUGAAAGUGAUGGCACUGUUUACAACAUUGGUAAUUGCUUUGGGAAAAACUUUUCAAUUGCCUACAAUAUAGUAAGGAUUCCUCCACUGCAAGCAGAUAAGGAAGAUCCAAUAAGCAAAUCAGAGGUUGUUGUACAAUUUCCCUGCAGUGACCGAUUCAAGCCAUCUUACGUCCAUAGUUUUGGUCUGACUCCCAACUAUAUUGUUUUUGUGGAGACACCAGUCAAAAUCAACCUGUUCAAGUUCCUUUCUUCAUGGAGUCUUUGGGGAGCCAACUACAUGGACUGUUUUGAGUCCAAUGAAACCAUGGGGGUUUGGCUUCAUAUUGCCGACAAAAAAAGAAGAAAGUACCUUAAUAAUAAAUACAGGACCUCUUCUUUCAAUCUCUUCCAUCACAUUAACACAUAUGAAGACAAUGAAUUUCUCAUUGUGGAUCUCUGUUGCUGGAAAGGAUUUGAAUUUGUUUAUAAUUACUUAUAUUUAGCCAAUUUACGAGAAAACUGGGAAGAGGUGAAAAAAAAUGCCAGAAAGGCUCCACAACCUGAAGUUAGAAGAUAUGUGCUUCCUUUGAACAUUGACAAGGCUAACACAGGCAAGAAUUUAGUGACACUCCCCAACACAACUGCUACAGCAAUUCUGUGCAGUGACGAGACCAUCUGGUUGGAACCCGAGGUGCUCUUUUCAGGGCCUCGGCAAGCAUUCGAGUUUCCGCAAAUCAAUUACCGGAAGUAUGGAGGGAAACCUUAUACGUACACAUACGGACUUGGCUUGAAUCACUUUGUUCCAGACAGGCUCUGUAAACUGAAUGUCAAAACUAAAGAAACUUGGGUGUGGCAAGAGCCGGAUUCAUACCCCUCAGAACCCAUCUUUGUUUCUCACCCAGAUGCCUUGGAAGAAGAUGAUGGUGUAGUUCUGAGUGUGGUGGUGAGCCCUGGGGCAGGACAAAAGCCUGCCUAUCUCCUGAUUCUGAAUGCCAAGGACUUGAGUGAAGUUGCCAGGGCUGAAGUGGAAAUUAAUAUCCCUGUCACCUUUCAUGGACUGUUCAAAAAAUUCUGAGCAUAUUCUACCAAAAUAUGUUUCUAGUGACAAAACCAAGAAAUCCAGCUUCAGGUCUGCAAUCAAAUUCUGUUCACUUUGAGCCUGUUAUACAUUAUGGUUUAACUUGCAGGUGCACACAAUUUUGCAAUGUUUUAUAGAAAGCACUGAAUUGAGCAAGUAAUUUCUCUA